GCAAUUUCAGAAUUCCGCGCAUGCGCAGUGCUACUUUUCCGCAUUGGGCUCCUUCACGCUUCCUCAUUGACAGCGCCUAAAGGAAGAAAGCAGCGAUAGACUUUCAUUUGCACUCUUAACAGUUUUUAAUACCGUUUUCACGUAAUAUUUUCUUAAACAACUCGGAAGUCUUCUUUAAAAGUCUUGGAAAGUUCAGAAAUGUCAAAGCCUCCCCCCAAACCAGCUAAACCAGGGCAGGUCAAGGUGUACAGGGCUUUAUUCACCUUUGACCCAAGGACGCCAGAUGAACUGUACUUUGAGGAAGGAGAUAUUUUGUACAUCUCAGAUACAAGUGACAGUAACUGGUGGAAGGGGACAUGCAGGGGAAGGACUGGUCUUAUUCCCAGUAAUUAUGUGGCUGAGCAAGCUGAGUCCAUAGACAACCCCAUGCAUGAAGCAGCCAAGCGAGGUAAUCUGAGCUGGCUCAGAGAGUGUUUGGAUAAUAAGGUUGGCAUCAACGGACUGGACAAAGCUGGGAACACCGCUCUCUACUGGGCCUGUCAUGGAGGACAUAAAGAUGUGGUGGAGAUUUUGCUGAGUCAGCCGAACUGUGAGCUCGAUCAGCAGAAUAAACUGGGAGACACGGCUCUACAUGCAGCUGCCUGGAAGGGCUACUCAGAUAUAGCUGAGAUGUUGCUUAAUAAAAAUGCCAGGACAGACGUGGUUAACAAUGAGAAGAAGACUGCUCUGGAUAUGGCCACCAAUGCACAGUGUGCUUCUCUGCUGAAGAGGAAACUGGGAGGAGUGAUUCUGCGCACCCACAGUAACGCCGAGGAGUAUCUCGAUGAUGAAGACUCCGACUGAGAGAAGAGCAGCACUAAUGUCCAUUCAUUCCUACAUUCAUUCCAACACAACAUGUAUAUAGAUCAGAUUAUAUGUGCGAGAAACAUUACUUACAAGGGUGUGAAAGCUGGUUGUCGUUGUCUGAUUGUCUCAACUUUCUUCUUCAUUCCAGUUCGUUGUAAACGUAUUGCAGUACUUGUCUGUUCUGUACAUGUUUAGGAUGGACACAGUGAACAUUUGUUCUUCUGUUUGCUGCUCCUCUCUUAACUGUAUUUAUUCCAUAGAACUGUCUUUUUGAUUUUAAAGUGCCUUCUUUAACAGGGAGAUCGCCCAGAGUGCCUCAGAGCACUGGGGCUUUUUAUUCCAAAAGUUUUAUGCGCGUGUAUGUGGUAAGCGUGUGUGUUUGAGCGUUUCACCCGUUUGACUGUGUUUGUGUGUGUGUGCGAGAGAUGCUUGAGGAUAGCUUCUGAGAUGCAUGUAAAUCUGAAUGUUAUAACUAUGCAAAUAAACCAGUGUGGGCUUUGCUUGAUAUGCAAGACUCAAGCUUGGAGCUCCAAUAUAAA